ACCCGCUCCUCCCAGUUCACUUUCGCUUCUCCUCCCGCAGUGACCUCUGCUCACCCAGGAGGACACCACGCCGGCGGCCCCGCGGUGCGUGUGCUGGGCACAGCACGAACCCGGGAAACCUAUGGAUGAUGAUCUACAAGACAUAUCAGUCGUAUUGUCAUCGGCUGCAACACGACACGUAUUUUCUUACAAGCAAUAGCCGACUGAAUGAGCAAGUGGUUGAUAAAAUUAUUCUCCAGCUUAACAGAGUCUACCCCCAAAUUCUUACCAAUGCAGAAGCAGAAAAGUUCAGGAAUCCAAAGGCAUCACUCCAUACCAGACUUUCAGAUCUGAUAAAGCACCUUCAGAAGAAAGGAGACAGACACUGUCAGGAGUUUUACAGGGCUCUACAGAUCAAUGCUGAACAGCUGUAUAAUGACCUGCCAAGCAGGAAAAUCUUGAAAACCACAGAUUCCACAGAGAUAGACACUGACAAGGAGAAAUAUAUGCUAAAUGACAGGGGCCCGGUGUUUUUCCUCACUUGUUUUAGCGUUGCUGCAGGAUUUGCGUUAUUUUGGUAUUGCUGGAACUCAGAUAUGAAAGUCACAGGAAGAGCCAGGAGAAUCUUGGGCUUUUCUCCUAUUAUCAUAGGAAGACACGUUAGAAAUAUUUGUAUGUUGUAUUUGGAAGACUUAUCAAGAAAUUAAGGAAAGCUGCCUCGUCACUCUUGUCUGUACAGUAUACCUGCCAAGGGAAGACAACGGUGCAUGAAUAUUAAUGUACUAUACGCUCAUACCAAAGAUUUUAUUAACUAGCUUCAUCAAUAGUUGUGUUGCCUCAAGAUGUAUUCAGAAUUUCAGCUAUAUAUGUCCUUCCUUAUGGGAAUGGACCAUUUAUUUUUGUAAAUGCUUAUUUUAAAAUAUUUAUCAUUUGGAUAAAAAAUAUUUUUAAUACAAACUUUAAAAUUAUAUCCUAAGUGAUCAUGGGUCUUAAGCCAUGUUUGCCUAUGUGUUUUAUACUAGAAUGAAGGAUCACAACUGUUUAAAGAAUGCUAGCCUGUCUUUUGUUAAUUAAUUUAAGAAAAGCACUUAAAAAAUUACACGCACUCGAAGCCUUACCAAGAAAUGGAUCUCCCAUCUCAGGACUGUCUGUUUUGUCUAGAUCCUUUGUACUUGCUGCCUGAGCUCAGGUGGGCACUGGUGUCUCUGACACGUAUCGGUGCCGGUUGCCUUUGUGUGUGCCUGGCACUUGCCGUGUUUUCUCCUCUUCUGUCCGUGCCUCAUCCCAGCCUACCUCCUUCACCUUCACCCUCGGCUGGUGGCCGUGGUUUGGAUGCGCUGGAGCUGGUGCAACUGGUUCCCAGCCCGCAGAGGGUCCCAGGGACUGGAAUGUCGGACCUGAAGCACUUCAAACUGCCAAGAAAAUUUUUCAAAUUUAUUUAGCUUUUUCUUUUCCAGUGAAGCAUUUUGCAGUCUAAAUAACUGAAGUAAUCCAGGGUACUUUGCAGGGUCUUAAAUGCCGCGACAUGGGGCUUUUUUUAUGGCCAACAAUAUGUAUACUUAGUUGAAGAGCCUGAGGUUGUUCGUAAUGACAUUUGAUGAUGUUAUGUUUUCCUUCUGUGAGUUGAAACCUGAAAAACUUGCAUAAGCCAUUGUAAGACUGAAAAUCUUGAGGGAGAUGCAGGCAGGCAGGGCUGCAGGUGAGGCAGCCAGGAUUUCUCCGCGUGCUCCUGCCUGGCUCGGUGCAGAUGGCUUUUCCUCCCCCAGGUGGGAGGUGCAGGAGUUCGGCACUGGCUGCGAGAAGUGACAUUUUCAGUGGAUAGUUCUUCAAUUACACGUUCAGGAGCGUAAGGAGCUUGGGGAGAUCAUGUCCCUGCACUUGGUGAGAAAGACGCUUUGUGGCUCUUCAUUCACUGGCUGAACAAAGAGAUUCCCAGAUCGGCUCAAAUGUCACCCGAAUAAAAGCUGCAGUGACAUCACAAGUUGCCAUGCACUGGAGGAUCCCGUGCAAGAUUUUCAGGGAUUUGGAGUGGUUUUCUCAAAACAGUCAGACUGAAAACUGUCUUCCAGCUUUAAACAUCAUUUGUGCUAUAAAAAUGUCAUCUUCUCCAGAGCAAGUCAUCUUGUAAGAGCUGUAUUUCCUUCCAGGACAACACUCACCUGAUACAGUAUCAAGUCCAGAGGAGGAAUUGGGUGCAGGGCCAAAUUUACAAGUAAAAGACCCAAAGAGUGUUUGCAGGAAAUAUAUUGAGAGAUGAAAAAGGGCUCAGAAGACCCUGACUUUACUGUUCUGAUAAAUGUUUUGACCUAUGGCACUGGAGUGCAGUUGGGACGCGAGCCAGCCCCACGCAGAGCUCACCUGGUUGCUGCCCUGUAAAACCUGGACUGAGACAAAUGCCACACGAACAUCGUGACACCCAGCAGAGCAGAUUAUUUAGGCUUCUUUUCCCCUAUCUCUGCCCCACCGGCCCUUGCGUCUCUUUGAUCUGAUCUCCAUGGGGGCUCUUAUUGGGGAGAAAAGGUGAUGGAGCAGAGCACGCUUCCUGCAGAAUGGGCUAACCACGAAGUCUGCUGCCCUUGGGACCCCGCCAGCUGCUCUUGUGCUGCCUUCCAACUUGGCAAGGGCUUUAAUUAUAGUCUGUUGUUUUCUCUCUGCAUUGCCUUGUGUUUAACGUGACAACAGGUUGUUUUUUUCCUCCAGCAAACCAGCUCUAAAUUACAACAUUUGAAAUGAAAUGUCCCUUUCCUCUCUGCUGCUGAAGUCCUGUAGCAGCUCUUUUUUAAGGGACUAGAAAAAAUACCUCUGAAAUCUAAAAAGGUUUUAAAUUUUUGCCUUGAAGCCAAUUUUGAAACCUCAUUAGAGGAAGGCUAUUGCAUUUUACACAAAAAAGAAACGGUAUUCAAAGUAAUCGCAACAGUCACAUCUCAUUUUAAAGCAGAAACGGAGGCCUUACCACUGCCAGGCAGAUUCUUCCUGUUUAGAUUAUCCACCGUGUUGCCCUCGGAAUAACAGGUUGCAACUUAUUGUGAGCUUUUACUGAAACCUACAGAUGUUAUCAGUGCCUUAUUUAGUGUGAAGGUGAGAAUCUGCAGGUUCAAGGAUGCCUUGGGGUGCCAGGAGCCCUCUCGGGUCCAUAAACCUGUCCAGGACCACUCUGGCUGUGCAGCAGGACAUGGUCGUCCCCGUUCCUCAAACUGAGUGGCUUUCUUGAGCCUUGAAAACUAUAUGGAACAGGAAAGUUUACUGAAGGCUAUGGAUCUGUUUCUUCCCUUUCUGAGGUUGUUUGAGAUGAGGAUGCCUCUCAGGGAAAAAAACAAAAACAAAAAUCCAGGGUGAGCUAUUUCCAGGGUUAGGGCUGGGAGCAGAGAGGAAAAAUGGGUCUUGGUUCAUCCCAGUGUUGUUAAAGAACUUGACAGCAAAGAAUAGAAAAUGAUCUGUUUCUUUAUUAGUGUGGCUAGCUAUAACAUUGGCACGGACAUAGUUUGGGAGACAUUCUUUUCCUUGGAAGAUUUUUAUUUCAGGAGCAAAUACCAAGGUUUAAUGCACUUCACCACAAGCAGCACAUGCCAAGAACAGGUGAAGUGACAAUUCCAUGUCGAGUUCCUGGUGGAAGCCCAUAUGUACCUGCGUGGGAGUGGGGUCCUUCUGGGCAGGCAGUGCUAUUUACUGGGAAAUAAAUCAAGCAGGGUCAUGGCUGAGCCUGUGUAGCUGCAGAAUUCCAGCUUCACUGUCAAGUCGAGAUUAGCUUGGCAUUUGCUGCUGAAACUCUACUGGUAUUUAGGAACGUGCUUUACUUUAUGUGCAGGGAAGUUGUCCUGGCUGUGGAAAUGCAGUAGGUGGUGACACGUGCAGGGGAUAGAGGCUGUUCUUGUGAGUGCCGUGGUUCUCAUGCUGCAGAGAGGAGGUGUACUAAUAAAAAGCAGCCAUGGUUUCACCAUGCCCUCUCUCACCUUGUGCCAGUCUCGUGGAAGGAGUCAGACGUGUGCUUUUCCCUCAGUGCAUGAGCAGGUUGUGCCUUCAGUGCACCGAGGGUGAGGGUGUGUGGGUGCGUGAUGCUCUGCAGGGUGCUGACCUGGCUCCUGGGAAGGGGAUGCACAAGGAGAAGCUGGGAGUGGGCAGGUUAUUGGGCAGGGGGCUCCUCUGCCAGCUGAGCCCGUGCUCUGCCGCCGCCGCCUCCCGCCAGGGACGGUUCUCAUCCUCCUUGCUGCACUGCCCCUUGUGCCCGAGUCCCGAGGGGAGGAACGGGGAUGGGCUCCAUGCUCUUCACCCUGGAGGCCUGAUACCUAGCCAAAAAUUAUCUUUCUUCCCUGUUUUGUUGUUUUUUUUUUUUUUCUUGUGAACAGGCGUUUUGCUUUAAAGUAAUGCUGAAACCACCUCCGAGUGCCUUGGUGGGGGGGUCGGGGCUGGGUGAAGGGCAGGAGCCGGGCGUGUGGGAAGCCUGAGCGGAGCUGGGUGAGCCACCCAAAGAGUUAAUGCAGAGAGCACGGGGAGCCCAAGUGACAGAGCGUACCAUGAAUUUGCACAAUUCCAUUUAAAGACAGCCUGCUAUUUAAAGUACUUCAGUGAAGUAUGAUGUGCCUGCGAGCCAGGGCUGGAAUAAAGUGAUGAUUCAUUCGGGGACAUCCUGGGCUACUGCGUAGCUGCUGGCUGGAGCCUUGCAAAGCUGCUGAGGCAAAGUUACUCUCUUUGUUUCUUUCACUUGUGAUUAUUUUUUUUCUCCUACUGUAAUAAAUUGGAAACACAUUU